AUGUUGGUAUGUUAUGGAAAACGAGACGCGCCAGGAAGGGAAGAACCAGCAGCAGUAUCAUUAACGCCACGAUCGAUUUCACGAUUGGCUCAGCUCUUUCCACAUUUGCAUGGUGAAGCUCAACGAGGAACCGUAACCGCGCGAUAUGCUCAAUGGCAGCAGCCGAAUGACACUGAUCAUUCAUUAAUUAGGAAAUUGCUACGCAGCAGUAAUGAUGAGCGAUGUCUGAAGUACAUCUUAUUACAAUAA